AUGUCAUCAUUUCAACAAAAAAAUUCUGGAGCUGGCAAUGAAUGUGGAUGCAACUUGGAGGAGAAAUUGAAAGAGAUCGAAAAAUUGAGAAAAACAGUGAACCGGUUGAAUAAUGUAUUAGAAAUUAGAAAUAACGACGUAAAAACCACCAGUAAAAGAUGCGACAACCUCAGAAAGGAAUGUGAGGACUUGAAGAAAAUGAAAAAGACACCAGGAGAGGAAGACAAUCUGCUUGUUCUUGAAAAGAACCAGAUGUUAGAGGAAAAGGAUGAUGAGCUCUACAGGUUGCGAAAAGAGCUUCACAAGAAAAAAUACGUCGUCGCAAAUAUCAUCCCUCACCAUUGUAAGAUAGUCGACAAAUCACGAUAUUUUGAUGGAGUCGUAAUCAGAGAGAACAUUACAUACUCCGAAAAAAGAAAAGAGCGAAAUUCCACAAUUAGCUCCUUCAAUCUCCUCUUCUCCCCCACGCUCGGACUCAUCCGAGCCAUUAACAAGAGCGGAAACAAGAAAACCAAAUUGGGAAAAUGGUACCAUUUCCGUGUCAACGACCCCAGAAGAAAGAAUAAUGGUGGUGCACCCUACACCAUCGAUGCUGCCACCACCAAAGAUCCACACCGGGUUCGUUCAUUAAGAGGAACGGAGAUAAUUGAAAGUCAAGUUGUUUUCCUGCUCCACACUACCCUUGAUUAUGGAGCAUUAUAUAACGAAUACUUCGAAGACAAGUGUUUGAAUCUCAUCUUGUUCUCUGAAGCUCUCCGACUUUCAAUCCGCAAUCAACUGUUAUUCAAGCACGGAGAGGUGAAAUUGAGUAUGAAGAUCAAGUUGCGAGAAGAUUACGAAGAGUUGUUCCGAUAUGACCACACCAGACCUCUCUUUGAGGUAAUCAGCGUGACCGUUGAUAACACUUUCUAUUGA